AUGUAUGCCGAUGUCACCGCACAUCUUGAUAUGACCCUCCCUCCUGCAAACCACCACACCCAAUCACCACACACAUCUCUGUACGAACGUAGCAGCAGGCUGGAGAGCAUUCACUCGCCACAUCUCAGCAACUACUUUGACCCCGUCAACUACCUCUCGGAUUUCAAUCUGUCCGCUCUGGCCAGCGGCGUCGACUUUAACACCCCGUCCAUAACAGACGAUGAGCUGCUUCAUGGCAGCCUGCCCGACUCGGAGCAAGUGUAUGACACAAACGUUCCCUGGCCCAUGUUCAAUCUUCAAUCACAACCACCACAAGCGCACCCUAUUGCAACAGCAGAACGAACAACAACAAACCCACCGUCCGUAACCGGCGGUACAGCGCAAAGAAUCUCUAGCAAACCAUCCAAAGCCACCACCACGACGGCCCGCAAAGCAAAAAAGCCCCACGGUACCAGGGCCAGCAGCAGCAGCCACAGCAGCAGCCAGCGCCCCCACUACGCAGUAGAAAAGCGCUACCGCUCGGGUCUCAAUGAGAAAUACGCAGCCCUGACGCGGAUCCUAUCUAGCGACGCCGUGCAGCGGAUAUGCCGCACAGAGCGGCCAGAAUGGGGAGCGUCCGUUGGCGGCGGAGGAGUCCAGGAUGAACAACAACAACAACGGAGCCGACAGCAAAAGACGACGACGCUGUCCGCGACCAUUGAGGCAAUUGCUAUCCUGAGCCGGUGUUGUGCGCGCGAGGCGAGAGAGCUCGAGGUUCUGAGGCGGGGGGUUCAGGAUACUACGGAUCGUGUGAGACGAGUGCUGGAGAUGACCAGCGGUGGGGUGGCGGCGAGUGGUCGUAGUGAGGUCGUUCAACAGGGGCAAGAGGAUGGUGCGAGAUCAGAUAGGAGUAUUGAGCGUCAUCAUGUGAUGCAGGGUUAA